CUUGUUUUAAGGGUAAAAAUAAGACACCUGUCCCCUCCACGCCCCCAAUAUACUCCUACUCCCCGUCCCCCCUCCCACCGAUUUCUGCAUCCCAUCACACAGCCCCAUCCGUAUGAGAGACUCCACUCUCCGUCGUCUCCUCUUUACCCUCUUGCUUCUCUUCUCGUCCGUCUUCUCCACCCCACCACCGCCACCUCUUCUCCAUGCUCCAACACCGCCGCUGCCAGCAGCAGGACCCGCGGCUUUUAAAGUCGGCCUGGUCCUUGACAAGAACUCUUUGGUUGGGUUGAUGUCUCGCAUAUCCAUCAACAUGGCCCUCUCCGACUUCUACGCCGCUCACCCCAACUCCACCACCAGCGUCCUCCUCCUCCCCCGCUACUCCGCUGGCGACGUCAUCUCCACCGCCGCCGCCGCUCUGGACCUGAUGAUCAACCACGAGGUGCACGCCGUCCUCGGUCCCCAGAGGUCCGUGGAGGCGUCCUUCGUGGCGGAGCUCGCGACCAAGGCCCGAGUCCCCGUGGUCUCCUCCUCCGCCACCAGCCCCUUGUUCGUGCCGUCGCAAACGCCCUACUUCAUCCGCGCCGCCCCAAUCGACACCGCGCAGGUUGGUGCCCUCGCCGCCCUCGUGCAGGCCUUCGGGUGGCGCCGCGUCGUCCCCGUAUACGAGGAGUCCGACUACGGCACCCCCGUCGUCCUGUUUCUCAUCGACGCCCUCCAUGCCGUCGGCGUCCAAGUCCCCUACCGCUGCGCCCUUCCCACCUACGCCUCCGACGAUCGCAUCUCCGUUGAGCUCUACAAGCUCAAGACCGAGCAGACCCGCGUCUUCGUCGUGCACAUGACCUCCACCUUCGCCCGUCGUCUCUUCGCGCGCGCCGAGAACGCAGGCAUGAUGGCCGAGGGCUACGUCUGGAUUGCCACCGAGGGCUUCACCUGCCUUCUCCCCUCGUUCGAACCGGCGGUCGUGCUGGACACCAUGCAGGGGGUCCUGGGCGUGAGGCCCUUCGUUCGGCCAUCCGAAGCGCUGCGCGAUUUCCAGCGCCGGUGGAGGCGGGAGUUCUGGAAGGAGAACCCCAAUUACACCGGCACCGACGCCGCCGAGGUCAACAAUUUCGGGGUCUGGGCCUACGACGCGGCCUGGGCCGUCGCGAUGGCUGCCGAGAGCGUCGGUCCGGUCGGCCCGGAAUUCGUCGCACCGGGAAACGGUCCGACCGAUUUAUCCAAGCUGGGGGUCUCUCGGACCGGCCCGAAGCUGCUGGAGGCGAUCUCGCAAACCGAAUUCGAUGGGCUUGGCGGGAAAUUUCGGCUGGUAAAAGGGGCGCUGAACGUGUCGGCGUAUGAAAUAGUGAACGUGAUCGGGGAGAAGGCGACGAGGAUCGGGUUCUGGACGGCGAGGUACGGGCUGACGCGAGGAUUGAAUUGGAGCAGCGAGAGCCCGUACUCGGCGACGAGGGAUGGGCUGGGACCGGUGAUAUGGCCCGGGGAAUCGACGUCGGUGCCGAAAGGGUGGGAGACACCCACGAGCGGGCGGAAGCUACGGAUCUUGGUACCGGGGCCAGUGGAACCGGGAUUUCAUUCGUUCUUGAACGUGGAGAAGGAUCCGGUGAGCAACGAGACGAAGGCGAGCGGGUACGUGAUCGAUGUGUUCGAGGCGGCGGUAAGGCAACUCCCCUACGCGUUGCCGUUCGAGUACGUGCCCGAGAACGCCAAGGGGAAGAGAGCCGGGGAUUACAACGCUCUCGUCCAAGAAGUCUCUAAUCAGAGGUAUGAUGCCGUGGUGGGGGACGUGACGAUCACGGCCGAUCGAUCCAAUUAUGUGGACUUCACCCAACCUUACACAGUCUCUGGCGUCACCAUGGUGGUCCCUAUCAAGGAUGAUCGCAGCAACAGCGCGUGGAUUUUCCUCAAACCAUUGACGGCGGAGCUGUGGUUGGUGAGCGCUGCCUUCUUUGUGUUCACCGGUAUCGUUGUAUGGGCUUUGGAGCACAGGAUCAACGAGGAGUUCAGAGGCCCAUGGAACCACCAGAUCGGAACCGUCUUCUACUUCUCCUUCUCGACUCUCGUCUUUGCUCACAGGGAGAACGUGGUGAGCAAUUUUUCAAGGGCUGUGGUGAUCAUAUGGGUCUUUGUGGUGCUCAUAUUGCAGUCGAGCUACACUGCUAGCCUGACCUCAAUGCUCACCGUGCAACGGUUUAAGCCAAUCGUGACGGACUACAAAGAGCUCAUAGACAGGGGCGAGUAUGUGGGCUACCUUAAAGACUCCUUCGUGAAAGAUGUACUGUUGAAGUGGGGAUUUCAUGAGUCGAAACUGAGGCCUUACAAAUCCCCCCAACAAUAUGCGGACGCACUGGCAAAAGGAAGCAAAAAUGGAGGUGUAACGGCAAUAGUUGAUGAGAUCCCAUACCUCCAAGUCUUCCUCAAAGACCACUGCGAUAAUUACACCAUGGCUGGCCAAACCUACAAGACUGGUGGAUUUGGCUUUGUCUUCCCAAAAGGCUCACCAUUAGUCCCAGACCUCUCGAGGGCGAUCCUUAACGUUACCGAGAGUGAUGAGAUGAUGGAGAUCGAAAGGCUGUGGUUCGGGGAUCAGUCCGACUGCCCAAAAGAAGGCAGCACCCUUUCUUCUAACAGUCUUGAUUUUAGAAGCUUCUGGGGCCUCUUCCUCAUCACUGGACUUGCUUCAACUGUACUCUGCCUCUAUUAUUUGGUCACCUUCUGCUACACGAACAGACGCGCCUUGAAGACCAUUGCCUUGCAGAACUCUCUUAAAUGCAGGCUUCACUCCAUUGCCAGGCUCUUCGAUGAGAAAGACCUCUCAUCACAUACAUUUAAGAAGGCUGCGCUAGAGGAUGGAUCGACAAGGGUCAACGGACAUCCCGGCGCCUCUCCUUAUCCCAACUAUCCACAAAGCCCAAGGAGUAUCUCUAACCAUACCUACGAGGAAGGAGUUAGUACUCCAGUGGAGCUUGAGACUGUGAGCCCAACUGCUGUCAGCCAGAGUCCAGAGACGCCGCCGCGUGAGUGUACUGAGGCCAGUGGGUGAUGGUGCCUUCGUUCGCGUGCUCAAACCGGGCGAAAGCUUAAGAUUCUUGCAUGGCAAACAGACUCGUGGCUGCUGGACUUUGAGAGUGAAAACCGUGCCCUGCCAUCUACGUAGAUCUUGGCAUUAUUUCUGAAGUAGAUAAGGAGUCUCAUAGCUGAAAGAGGCAAAUAGACACUUCAGCUAAUAUGUUAAGUUCGUGUCCUACCUAACUUACAGAUGCUAAUGUGGAUAUAUAGUAUCUCUUCCUUUCAUGCCAGUACGAAGAGGACUGUUGUAAUAUUUUGAAGUACUGGAAGAAUGACCCUUGCAUGGAUAUCAGACAUAUGUAUAUUCUCCAGCAAAUAUUCCUGUUCCAUUAUUAAAUAUUUUAU